UCAUCUUUCUGUUUUUGCAGGUCUUAAGCUUUUUUAAACAAAAGUUAAAUGUAUUUAUUCAACGGUUUACGCACGCUGGUUGCUGCUUGCGGCUCAGUUGUGAAGCGGGAAAGAUUUGUCCCUACGAGGAGUCCUUCAUUUCAUAAACUAUGGAUGAUGUUCAUUGGAGUCGUUUCUGCCAGAAGUUAUGACUGGGAGAAGGAACGUGUGUUCGAGCAUGAUAUGAAGAAGUUGAUGAACGAGUUCGGGAAAAUCAAGGACCUCCUGAAGAGCACGAAAGUCUGCCAAGAAUGCGCGGAAAAAGGUCCGUCGGAUAAGAUUGCCUGGAGCACAUUUUGCCAAUGCGGAUUGCGUCGCGACGUAAAACCUGGAAGCUGGGCAUCGGUUGCGGAAUCUCCGGAAACUGUUAUUUGGAAACGUCCAGUGGAAGGUCGAAAUGGACAAUUCGAGUAUCGUUUGUACGGAAAGUUGGCGGAUAUUUGCGCGGGAGCUUGGUUCCACGUGAAUGCGGAUGACCAAUCUCGUCAGCGUUGGGACGACACCUGCGUGGAGCUGAAGGAAGUAGAUCAUGAUUCAGCAACCAACACGCGGGUGUUGUACUGGCGCUCCAAAUAUCCAUACCCUAUGAAAGACCGGGAAUAUGUCUUCAAAAAGAACUACGUGUUGGAGGAGAAGCAGCGUCUUGCCGUGAUCUAUUCUCACGACACUAUUCACGCGAAAGCCCCGAAGACGAAUGAUAAAUAUUUUCGCGUUCUGGAUUACAAGUCGGUGAUGAUCGUCAGUGCGGACUCUGCGUUCGAUAAGGAAGGAAUGGAAUUUGCCAUGUAUUAUUACGACGACCAGGGAACAGACAUACCGCAAUUCCUCGUUUCGUCCUUCACCGCGGACGGUUUCCGCAAUUACAUCGAAAAAAUGAGGAAAGCCGCGAAAAAGGUUCAAGGAGAUCUCGGGCGGGAGAAGCUUUCAGCAUCGGGUUUGAACGAGUUUUACGGCUUGCACACACCCGGUGAAUCAGCUGCAAGGAAGCAAGUCGGAAAAUGUAAGAAGACUGAGAAGCUUGUCUGUGCAUUGGAUGAAGAAGAGAAGAUAUCGCCGUGGGAAGACCGUCUGAAAAAGCAGCUCGAGUCCGAUGCCAUGUUUGUCGUCUUCUCGAGAGGACUAUUGGACGAUGAUUACUGCUGCGAUUACGACGACUGUCGUGAUCGUCGGAGAAAACCUUCUUAAUCUGAUUUUAAGCCCGUCAUUUUGUUAAUCCCGGGAAUUUUCUGGUUUCAGGAAGCUGUUCGGGAAAUCUACCGGAGAAAUAUUUGCUGUGAGAGAAAGCCAUUGAUUGAUAUGUCAAGAUUUAGCAUUCUAGAACUUGAUCUGAAACCUGUUCAAUGAGAGU